AUGCGUAACCUAGCACCUAACCGAGACGCUGACCAAACGGCUAACCAAAUGGCUGACCUACCACCCAACCAAACAUUUAACCUACUCGCUGCUUUGUCAUCUCCAUCCCCUCCCCCAGACUCCGACAAUCUGCCCCUUCUCAAGACCGUCAGGGAAAUGCUCCACUGGAUGGUCGGGUUUAAUCAAUAUGGGCUCAUUGGGGAGAUCAGGGAGUAUGUUGGAGAUAUUUUAAUGAAGCUUAACAAGGACGUCUCGCAGUCUCCAGAUGCCCUCGAGGUCACCGGGAUGCCCUCUCAGCUGACCGCUUCCCAUGUCUCCAACACUCUGACCGAGGCGUGUCACUACGCGGCCAACGUUCUCCACAAGAUGAAGUAUAAGGACUCCAAGGAUGCUCCAACAACUCUAAACUUCAAAUCAGUAUAUUGUCAUCUUCGUUAUUCCGACGACCCCGCUCGCCUCCUCUGCCAGCUCCGGGACUAUGCCUACGCCUGCUGCCACCAGUUGGCGUUCCUAAAGUCGCAGUGUUCUCGGAAUAAAAUAAACGGUGGCUGGCAGGAUUGUGAGUAUGGCAAUAAUAUCCCCGACUCCCCCCUCCAGGCCUUUCUGAUUGACGCCCAUGACUCCAAGUUCAAGACUCAUCCCUUCGACCCGUGUGACAUCUGCCUCAAAAGCCGUGUCAGGAUGGGAUUCAGGGAGGAGGAUUUGCCUGCAACUCACGAAACCGGCAAGCAUAUUUCCACCAUCCUCUCUCCCACCUGCGGCGGGGAGGAUCCCCUGCUGACUUUGUCCUCCUACCUCAACUGCCUCACCAGGCGGACGCCGCGUACCACAGGGGAACUUGUGUCGUUCUUCCACAAUUUCGGGAAUUCGCUGCACAGUCAUCCUUCAGCGUUGUCUUUACUGGGCUCCGCCCUCUCCCAGCCACAUGAAAACUGCCCCGACUGGGACAUCCUUGGUGACGCCGACCUCCAAGCUAUCAGGGACGCACGGGGCUCCGCCCCUGCCACCUCCACCUCCAACCACAACCACGACAAGGUCCAUGCCAAGACACUGUCCACGCUGCUUGGCUGCGACAUCAAAAGUGCCAACUGCCCACAGCAUAUGAAGCCCAUCACCUACCGGGCCUACGCCCUGUACUCUUCCAGCUUCGUACACCACUACCUCAGCUGGACGGUACAUCUCCCCGACAGACUGUGGGAGUCACUGGUCAAGCUUCACUGUGAUCUCAAGGACCUUCAGUGCCACGACUCUAACUCCAAGUCCCUCCACCAGUGUCCCAAGGCCCCGCCCCUCCUCUACUCUCACGGGUUCACGCCGCCGGACGGGACAUUGCAGUCGUCGCUCACGUGUUCGAAGGUCAUCGAUAAGCUGAAGGAAGUGGUCGCCGGACAGCCUAUCGCAGCCCUCAUGACCGCCAUGGACAAUUUCCUCUACGGCAUCCGUGCCCCCUUCCUCUUCACCAUCGUCACGCUCUGGCUAAUCGCCGCGCUCUACAUCGCCCACUCACUCCUCUACCGCAUGGACGUCCUCCGCAUACGCUCCCACCUCCUCACCACCAGGGCCUCACACCUCAUCGACGUCAAGGCGCUGCUCGCCGGCAGCCGCAGGAUGCUCUCACUCUACAAGGACGUCGACUACUUCGACGAUGACUUUCACUCAUGA